GCCCUCGAAGUCAGUCACUUGCAGGUGGUGUUCAUAGACACAGGCAGCUAGGCUAGGGUGCAAGCGCUUUACAGUAGAGAACGCGUGCUAGGCGGGUCUGUCAUCCAUUACACGUUGGUUUGCUGUUUGCACCGCAGUCGGAAGAACCACACCCAAACGCAAACCCAACUCACGCCAACUAUGGGCAAUUCGAAGAUUUCACGCGAUCCAAAGAAAGAGGAAAGCAGCCCAACGGUGCAGGAAGAGGGUGUGGUGCCGGCGGAACCAUUGCCGGCACAGAAACCGUCUCAAAACGAAAUCUCGCGUAUUACGAUGGCAAAUGCAGAGUCCGGCGCUGAUCAGGCCGAUCGUGGCAUGCGAAAGGAGUACUUCAACAGCAGCGGAGCGGGCAAGUUUUUGCCGCCGGUGCUGAAGCUGCUCGAGCUGGCUGUCGCAAUCGUUUGCAUCGGACUGAUCGAUGAUCCGGCCCACCAUUCGCGGCUGCGCGUGUUCAUCUCAUCGCGCACCGUUGCGCUGGCCUACGGGACGUUCGUCUUGUUUCUGGUGUUUUCCGUGGUUUAUCUGUUCGGAAAGGUCAUUCGAGACAACUUUCCGUGGAAACUAAGCUCGCUGCUGAACUUGACCGGUUUCAUCUUAUACCUGGCGACCGCCGCCUGCAUCUUGAACGACUGGUCCGAGACGAAGAACCGCAACUACUGGCCGCCCAACACGCAAAGAAUGGAUUUCCUGUGCGGUGCUGGCUCGGUUGCAGUGGUCGGCGCAUUGUUCUACCUGAUCGAUCUAAUUGUCACCGUGCGCCUAGGCAUGAAGGGUGAAAUCGAAUGAACACAUCGCCAUCCCUGAUGGAGGCAUUUUUCUAACACUACGUUAACGUUAGGAUAACAACACACUUUGUCAUAAUAUUCUUCCAUCCAUUAGAUGUUAAGCUUUAUACGUUAUCUAUGUUAUUAUCUCUUUCGAAACAACCUGUAAAUAUCGAGACACAUGAGCUAUGCAAGCCAAACUAUCGUUUAUCCAGGUUUUCCAGUUGUGAUUAGGUGCUGGAAAAAUCUCCCCCCGACCAAUUACCUCGGCCCAGUGACGAGACCGUCCAAAUGAAUCGUGAAAACGUUUUUUCCCCAUAUAGACUAUAGCCUUUUAAUCACGUUGAAAAGUUCAAAUUUUCACCAUUACCAAUCAUUGAGCUAUUUAAGCAUUUUUGAGGGCAUUUUGAACACAUUGGUUCAUAACUUUAAAUGCAAAUGCAUUUCGUCCAAUUAAUUCGCAAUCUCAGCAAUAAGCUCUUCUUCACAUUCUCUUUAAAUCGAUUUUAUAAUUCGUCAGUACAACAUUUUUCUUAGAUGAGUGAAGAACUAAUCUACCAAAUAUUAGAACGUAAGAAGCUGCAACGAACUACCGGAAAAGCCGUGAAUAUUGUAUGACACGGUUUUCUACCAUCAUUAUUUAUGUUAAGCUUCUACCACCGUUAAUGCAUGUGCAUUUUUGUUUUAUCUCUAAUUGUUAAGCGCACAUAUUUUGUCAAUAUUGUCCUUUCAAUCGAUGGUAACACCAUUGGAUUGCAAAGAGCAAUGCUGUGCAGGAUAGGCAGCGAGUGUUUUGUUCUCUUCAAAAGCCAUACGUUAAAUUACUUCGUUAAGCAUAAAAACAAGGAAGAUGGACGUUUGUGUCCUCUUGUACAAAAUAAGUUUUCACAAAUAUCUUUAAGCAAAUUUGCAUUUCAAGAUAAAACACGGAACAUUAAACUCUUUUGAGGAAUACAUUCGAAUUUCUAAUAAAUACAAGUUUUUGUCUCAAUUCUUAAAAA